AUGUCCCUCUGUAGUUUAUUCAGCAUGAUGGCUGCUGAUGCUGCGGUAGCUUCCUCCUCACCUCAUCGCAUCUCACCUCAUCCCUACCGCCAGCUGUCGUUUCACCUCUUCACCCUUAUCAGCCUCCUCUUCUUUCUCCCAGCCCAGGCGAAGGGAUUGCUUGGCGUCCGCCCAGAGGACACUAAAGCCGGGGAGCUGUCAGUGCAGGACGGGCUGCUCCAGGCGACCGAGGGUACGCGCUUCAUGCUGCGGGUUUACUACGCAGCAUCCUCGGUUACACAGAGAGCCAACAACCACUCUGGGAGUAGGAGACCAGAAGCUGCCGCUGCCGCUGCCGCACCAUGGAUCGCCUUCAUAGAAGAACCAGGUGGGGAGCGAAAGCGAGGGGAGGGGGAGAGACUGGUCCCUCCCAAACAGAACCCGUGCGUGGACGAGCAUGCUCGGAGUUCUGACAUCGAGCUCCUGGGUUCCUUCAGGUCUGCGUCCAGCCACAACUCUGUUCUAGUGGAGCUGCUCGCCAAAGACCUGCGCAAAGAUGAGCGGAUCAAAUACUACACCAUGUGCGCGUUUGACGGGGUGAAGUGGGAGCAUUUCAGCACCAGAGACUUCUGGCUAGCCGUGGUGGAGCGACCCCCGCAUGCGGAUGUGUGGCUCCAGUUGGGGGUGUCGGUGAUGCUACUGGGGCUCUCUGCGCUCUGCAGCGGGCUGAACAUCAGUAUGCUAGCCAUGGAUCCCGUCGAGCUCCGUGUUCUCCAAAACAGCGGCACCGAGAAGGAACAAAAAUACGCACACAAGAUCGAAUCCGUGCGUAAACAUGGCAACUACAUCCUGUGUACUGUGGUACUCGGAAACGUGCUGACCAACACCUGUUUCGUGGUGUGGAUGUGCCGGAUUAUAGGGAUGACUCCCACCUCCCUUGCUACCUGCACUUUCGGGAUUUUCUUCAUAGGAGAGAUUCUGCCUCACUCUGUGGCGUCCAGACACAGCCUAGCCAUCGCCUCCAAAACCAUCUGGGCCACCCGGCUUCUAAUGCUGGUCUCCUUCCCCAUCUCCUACCCCGUCUCCAAGCUCCUAGACAUCAUGCUUCACCAGGAGAUCAGUAACUUCUACACCAGAGAGAAACUGGUGGCCAUGCUGCGCGUCACAGACCCCUACCACGAUCUGGUCAAAGAGGAACUCAACAUCAUCCAGGGCGCCCUGGAGUUACGCACCAAGACCGUAGAACAAGUUCACACCCCUCUGGCGGACUGUUAUAUGCUCUCCUCAGAUGCUGUUCUAGACUUCUGUACUAUGUCUGACGUCAUGCAGAGUGGGUUCACCCGGAUCCCGGUCUAUGAGAACGACAGGUCCAUCAUCGUUGAUAUCCUGUUCGUCAAAGACCUGGCAUUCGUGGACCCGGAUGACUGCACCCCGCUGAAGACCAUCACCCAGUUCUACAAACACCCCAUGCACUGUGUGUUCAGAGACACCAAACUGGAUGUAAUGCUGGAGGAGUUCAAGAGAGGUAAAUCCCACCUGGCUAUAGUCCACAGGGUGAACAGUGAGGGGGAGGGGGACCCCUUUUAUGAGGUCCUGGGAAUUGUUACUUUGGAGGACGUUAUCGAAGAAAUAAUCAAGUCUGAGAUUGUGGACGAGACAGACCUCUACAGGUAAAGUUGAGGUGGAGAUUGGUAAGGAGGCUCUUCGUUUUGAGAACGGAGCUUUCUCCUGUUAUGGAAUGUCAGCCCUCAUACCACCAUUGUCCAUAGUCAACAGGUUUGGUUCUGGUAGCAGUGGGUUGAACCAGUCAGACUCUUUCCUAUCAGGAGGCAGUGUGGGUCAGCUGAGUAUAGGAGGGGGAGGAGUCUACCUACCUGACUUCUCUGUCAGACAACUCACUGACCUACAGAUUAUUAAGGUAACAAGAGGAGUUAUUUGAUGGGGGAACAAGGUGGAGGAAGGCAUGGAGCAGUCAUCGUCGACCACCCAGCACAAAACCAGAGAGAAGAGACAACAGGGAAGAUCUAGCACAGAUAAUAAACUGUCUUGCUCUCUCUCUCUUUUCCCUUCCUCCCAGUCUUCUACCCACUGGGUACUGGGGUAGACGUUUAGUUGGGAUCACACUGUAGUACUUAGACAUCCAGAAGCUCAAGACCUUUCGCUGAACUGUCCACUCCCCAGACCCUAGAUAACCUCUGUCCACUCCCCAGACCCUGGAUAACCUCUGUCCACUCCCCAGACCCUGGAUAACCUCUGUCCACUCCCCAGACCCUGGAUAACCUCUGUCCACUCCCCAGACCCUGGAUAACGUCUGUCCACUCCCCAGACCCUGGAUAACGUCUGUCCACUCCCCAGACCCAACCCCCUAACCCUGGAUAACGUCUGUCCACUCCCCAGACCCUGGAUAACGUCUGUCCACUCCCCAGACCCUGGAUAACGUCUGUCCACUCCCCAGACCCUGGAUAACCUCUGUCCACUCCCUAGACCCAACCCCCUAACCCUGUAUAACCUCUGUCCACCACUCCCCAGACCCUGGAUAACCUCUGUCCACUCCCCAGACCCAACCCCCUAUCCCUGGACCUCUGUCCACUCCCCAGACCCAACCCCCUAACCCUGUAUAACCUCUGUCCACUCCCCAGACCCAACCCCCUAUCCCUGGACCUCUGUCCACUCCCCAGACCCAACCCCCUAACCCUGUAUAACCUCUGUCCACUCCCCAGACCCAACCCCUAACCCUGGAUAACCUCUGUCCACUCCCCAGACCCAACCCCCUAACCCUGGAUAACCUCUGUCCACUCCCUAGACCCAACCCCCUAACCCUGUAUAACCUCUGUCCACUCCCCAGACCCAACCCCUAACCCUGGAUAACCUCUGUCCACUCCCUAGACCCAACCCUCUAACCCUGUAUAACCUCUGUCCACUCCCCAGACCCAACCCCCUAACCCUGUAUAACCUCUGUCCACUCCCCAGACCCAACCCCCUAACCCUGGAUAAUCUCUGUCCACUCCCCAGACCCUGUCUAACCUCUGUCCACUCCCCAGACCCAUCCCCCAGACCCUGUCUAACCUCUGUCAAACCCCCUAACCCUGGACCUCUGUCCACUCCCCAGACCCUGGAUCACCUCUGUCCACUCCCUAACCCUGGAUAACCUCUGUCCACUCCCUAACCCUGGAUCACCUCUGUCCACUCCCUAACCCUGGAUCACCUCUGUCCACUCCCUAACCCUGGAUCACCUCUGUCCACUCCCUAACCCUGGAUCACCUCUGUCCACUCCCUAACCCUGGAUAACCUCUGUCCACUCCCUAACCCUGGAUCACCUCUGUCCACUCCCUAACCCUGGAUCACCUCUGUCCACUCCCUAACCCUGGAUCACCUCUGUCCACUCCCUAACCCUGGAUCACCUCUGUCCACUCCCUAACCCUGGAUCACCUCUGUCCACUCCCUAGACCCUGGAUGCUCUCUCUCCUUUGAGUUGUCUGGGUAACGGACUACUGAAACAUUAUGACUUGAAUGAAUUGAUGUACUUUGCUGUAUAUUUCUGUUGAGUCACCUUUCAUCCACCCAUCUCUACAGGGGAAGAAGAAGAAACUAAAUGAAGAGGAACAAAAGAGGGAAAUAGCAUGUCUAGACCUGAGCCGUAUUAGAAAUAUUUUCAUUUGUCAACCAAGAAGACGAAAAUGUCUGUGUUCUACCAUCAGACAGUUUUUUUUAAGGGAACUGUCCUUAUCAUAGAAUACUUGUCAUAGAAUACUUAUCCUAGAAUACUUAUCCUAGAAUACUUAUCCUAGAAUACUUAUCAUAGAAUACUUAUCAUAGAAUACUUAUCCUAGAAUACUUAUCCUAGAAUACUUAUCAUAGAAUACUUAUCCUAGAAUACUUAUCCUAGAAUACUUAUCCUAGAAUACUUCUAUCAGUCAAUCACCGAUGGCUGGUAGGAGUCCUGCUAUGUGAAUGCCAUCCUCACUGCCAGUGUUCUGGCCACACAAAGGGAAGAAACACACACCAGCCAUGAGAACAAGCACAAUGUCUACAACCACAGGGACUUUAUACUGAUUCAAAGGAGCAGUCUGACUUUUCUUUGGCACAUGUGGCCACUGGAAGAAAUGCACAAACAGUCAAGUCUCAGGCAACACACACGCACACACACACACGCACGCACACG